UUUACUUUCUGACUUGAACGGCCCGAUUCCGCUCUGUGUCCACGAACGCACUACAUAUGACAAUCUGGACUUUUCGAUGCAUGCGGGAGAAGAGAAUCCCCUCGUUUCCUGUGCUUCUGAAUUUAGUGCUGCACUUCCCGCGUGCAACGAGAACAACAGUGAAGGGAGUGAAGCGAAUCCGGGGUUAACCAGAAGCAGUAACAACGUGGUCUUGGGGGCACAGCCUGAAGGUACCGGCUUAGAUUCCCUUUCCCCCUCUCUGCAUACUGACCACACUUGGAAGCUCCCUACAGAUCCUGCCGUUUCUUUAAACCAGGAGCAUCUCUGUACCGACAUGGAACUUAAUAAAAGUCCCAACAUCGCUAAUGUUGAACUCCCAUCGUGUCCAGAUAACAGCACAAUCCCGUGUAAAUGGCCCUCUGUAACUUUGGAUCAUUCAGAGACAAUUUUGUCAACUGAUAAUCUAGAUCAGAGUCCAGAGUUUUCUGGAAACUCAGAUACAGCAAACCCCACUACUACUAACCAUGUGGAACAUUCUGUUUUGUAUCCUGGAAAGAGACCCAUUGUUUCUUCUGUUCAGCCUUCACAAAAGCUUGAAAUUGCUGUAGAUACUCAUAUAACCUCUACUUGCAGUCCUGAUCCUUCAAUAUCUUCCCCCAGCACUCUGUGUCCUCCUUUUAAUUGUACUCAAGAUGAAAAGUCUUUGGUGAUCCUCUUACAGGUUCCAGACGUUGUUCCCCUGAGUUUCCAAGGGGAAGUGGGCACAAAUUAUUACUGGGUGAAUUUUGCAAACAGAGACUCUAUUUCCUUCAAUUUCCUCUUGCAGUUUCUUCCCGAAAAUAAAUUAUCUUCUCCAGAAAGUGAAAUUAACAUAUCACCUAAUAAUGUUGUCAUUAUCCUCACCAAAUCACCUGAAACCACUGGAAUUUGGACAAAGUUCUAUUGUGGUUCAAAUUAUGACAAUUUACAGGAAAGGUGGUUUAUCACCGAAAACAAUGUUGAUACGUUUGUCAGUCACCCAGGGAUGUGCUGCUCUAGUCAAUCAGAGAAGGAACACAAGCCAUUAAUUGAAGUAUUGGAUGUCUCUGAGGGCAAAAGCCAGAUCAGAUUAAAGAUAGAGAAUGGUAGCCUAGAACUUGGCAGAAGAGAAAAAAGAGAGAGCAGUGAACAAGAACAAGAACAUGGCAAACUUUUAACAGAUGAAGAAAAUUGCUCUGAACAAACCAAGAGUGUUUCAGGUUCAUCUGUAGCUAUGCAAACAAUGGGGAAAGUUGGCAAGGGAUCAAGCUAUUGUAUGGAACUUGACCCUGGUGAUCCUAGUGGGAGGAUUCUGGGGAAGUUGCAGAUAAAUAAAUUAUGUGAGUCAGGACUUACUCUUGCAACAAGCAAAAGAGCCACGUCCUCAGUACAAGCUGAGCUUCAGGAGGGAGAGGAAGUGACAGAACUUAAGAAAGCCUCACAGAACAAAGAGUUGAACAGGUUAGCUCCCACUGUGUUAAAGGAAACUAACAUGCAAGAUGGUAGUGUGGAGUAUAUAAGCUGUCACACAACACAAUGUGCAGUCCCCUUUGAAAAUGUUUUGCUGUAUGAACUGGAUUAAAUUAGUUUCAUAAGACCCGUACUUGAGUCUGCAGCUACCUCAAAUUCUGCACUUACUGUGAAGCAUACAAAAAGUCAAAGCUAUACGGAAAUUGAAAUUUAAGUGAUGGAAGAAAAAGGAACAGAAACUGCUUGUUCUUUCAUUUAGUUCAAAGAUUUGGAUGUGACCAAUUUCUUUCUGAAUUUCAAAAAGAAAUGUAGGCAGUUCAUUAAAGCUGUACAGAUUUCUCAGGCAUGUCCUGAUCCGAAUUAGAUGGCACAAGUUAGGCAAGCAUGCAGAUUGUGCAAAAAUCUGUAAACAUCUUGACAUAAGUAAACAUGUUUUUUUUAAUAUCCCAUUCUUCUGUUUUCUCCAGUUUUCAGCCAAAUUGCAAAUUAUAACUCAAUAAACAUUCUCCAAAAUUAGAUGACAUUUUACACACAGCCUUUGUUGUUAGAGUGCUUUCAACUGUGUAUUUACACAGCUGGAGUGAUCUCAUGCUAUCUAGCAUCCUACAGAUAGAGAAGAGAAUAAAGAUUAUUAACAAUUAAUUACUGUCUGGCUUGCAAACUUUUUUAGUCUUUUGGGAGGCCUUUUAAUGUCUCAGCCACAUUGGGGAAAUUCUUCAAGUGGUAUGAAAAAGUGGUAACUAGAAUGAAACAAUUGAAACCAAAUGGAUUUAUUUGUAACAUGGUUAGGAUUCUGAUGCUUCCAGACUGCCAAUUUCAUUUACUUAAAUUUUCAAAGAAUUUAAAAGCUUAAUUUAAAUACAUUUGUAUUUUGACACAACGAUCAGUAGCAGGUUGAGUCUGUUUUGUUAAGUGUAAGUCAUAUAAGUAUAAGUAACGUCAUUAAAUAGUCAUAGGAACACCUACCUAUGCAAAGAAUACAGUAGGUACCUCCAUAAAAAUGUAUUCUUAGAUAAUACUGUACAUAUUUGAAAUUGUUAUCCUUUUGAAUAUGCAGAUCACAUUAAAACUGUCUUAUUGAAAUCUAGUUAAACUAUCAUUAUAUCCAAAACUACACUACGCAAUAACAGAGAAGUGUUCUAAAUGUCAACUUAAUUAAAUUUCCUUGCUUAAGCCAACUUCUAAUUAUGCCCCAGAAUUAUACAUUAGGUGGAAAAUGGCCUUUGGUGCUGUUGAGUGUUUGCUGGAAAUUAGCAAGUGACAUCGCACAGAGCAAACACUACAAAGUCAAGAUUAAAGUUUCCAUGAAGUAAAUGAACUUUCAUCAGUGAUUUAUGCAGCUCCUAGCUAUGCUUAAUUUUAAUUGGACUGUUCUAUUUUGCAGACAUUACAAGCCAGAAAUUUUAACAAAACUCCCUUCUAAAUAAGAAUGAUUUAAAAUAGUUUGCAGUCUUUCAUCUGUUUAACUUAAAAGUUCUGCCUACAUAUUCAAAUGAAGAGAUUUUAUAAAAUCUAAUAAACCUUUCCUUUUGUAAUCUUAAAAAGUAUUUAUUUCAGAAAGGCAAAAAAACCAAUAAGAUAUGGAAAGCUGUUGUAAUUUUUCUGUUAAUUCCUCCUACUAACUGGAUGUCAUUUUUAAAAUUGAAUUUAUCAAAACUAUGUUUUUAAGACUAAGCUAAUUUGUCCCAAUUAUUUAGUAUAAUAUAAUCUUUAUUGUCAUUGUACUUAAGUAUAAUGAAAGUGGUUAUCUGGACAAAUAAUACAUUUUGGAUUUUAUUUUUGUUAAAAAAUAAGCAUUUAUUUUAGGAUAUUUGUUGGCAUAAUGAACUUUUAUGGUGGGUUGCCUAGAAGAAAUUUGAGACAAAUUUUAUCGUAGAGCUGUGCAUAUAGUUUAAUUAAAUUGUGACUUUUCACAAGCAAGACUUUUUAGGGUAUUAAGCCUAAUAUAUUCAGAUAUUUUAGAAUGUUCUAAUUAUUUUUCUAACAUUCAAAUUCUAAACUCAAUGCCCUCACAUUAGGCUACCAAAUCUAAAAGUUAAAACUAUUUCAAUAGGAAGUAAAUAAUGUAUUUUUAAAAAGAGCUGUUUACAUGUCUUAUUUUUAGCACUGCAAUAUGCUCACGUUUCUGUAUUGAAAAUUUUAAUUUGUGAUAUUUAAAUUCAAAUAAAAUGGAUUAUAUCAAAACA